CCUCAGCACUAGUUCCAUACUAUGUGUGCAUGCUAAUAGGUCGGUUUCUAAAGUCAAGGUUUUCCAAAAGUUUUUACUCUACACAUCGCUUUCUUACAACCGAAAUUGCAACAAUGAAGCACACUCUGUCAAUCGACAAGGCCAAGCCAUCUCUCUACCUGAGGAUGGUUGCUGAGAACCUUAAGGAGACUGUUGCUUUUAAAUGGGACACAGUCACAGCUCUGCAGGUUCAAAGUUUGACCCUUCAUAGCCCUGAAGCUAUUUCAAGACACCUUGCGAGAGCUAACCCUGAUGCUGGUUUGUACGGAAGUACCUUAUUGCAGCAAGCUGAAGUUGAUCACUGGAUUUGGUAUGGACUGAACAAGUUUGGACAUGGUGACUUCAACACAAGCAUUCGUUACUGUGACGAGGUUCUAGCUCAGAACAGCUUCAUGGUUGGAAGCACUCUUAGUUUGGCUGAUCUCAGUGUCUAUUCUGGACUCAUGUCAAAUCACUCCUUCAGUGUCGUCCUGUCCAAGGGUCUAUGUGGCAAGAACCUUACUCGAUGGUGUGACCACAUCUCCAAGAUACCAGUGGUUGAAGUCAGUGUUGCUGACAUGCCCAAGAUAACCAGAGGCAAGCCCGCAGGAAAGAAAGUUGAGGGAAAAAAGGCCAAGGGUGGCAAAGAGGAAGGAGGAAAGUUUGUGGAUCUACCUGGUGCUACGAUGGGAAAUGUUGUCGUAAGGUUCCCCCCAGAGGCGUCAGGGUAUCUUCACAUUGGACACGCUAAAGCUGCUCUUCUCAACCAGUUCUAUCAACAGUCCUUCAAGGGCAAACUUGUGAUGAGGUUUGACGACACAAACCCAGCCAAAGAAAAUACCGAGUUUGAGAAGAUCAUUCUGGAAGAUGUUAAACUUCUGAACAUUCAGCCAGAUAUCUUCAGCUUCACUUCCAACCACUUCCCAAUCAUGCUGAAGUAUGCCGAGGAGAUGAUCAACAAGGGUUUGGCAUACGUGGACGAUACUGAUCCUUUACAGAUGAAGGAGGAGAGGGAGAAGAGAUUCGAGUCAGCUAACAGAACUAACAGUGUAGCAGUGAACAUGGAGAAAUGGAAGCAGAUGGUAGCUGGAACUGACUACGGUAAGAAGUGUUGUCUGCGAGCCAAGAUGGACAUGCAGUCUGACAACGGCUGUCUGAGAGAUCCGGCCAUGUACCGGUGUAAGGACGAACCUCAUCCUCGUCACGGUAACAAGUACAAAGUGUACCCAACGUACGACUUUGCUUGUCCUAUCGUGGACAGUGUAGAGGGAGUGACACACGCGCUGCGUACCACCGAGUACAACGACCGGGACCCACAAUACUACUGGUUUAUUGACCAGCUGGGACUGAGGAGACCGUUUGUGUACGCGUACGCCAGACUCAACCUCACUCACACUGUACUGAGUAAGAGGAAGUUAGCGUGGUUUGUUGAGCAGGGGCUGGUCAGUGGAUGGGAUGAUCCACGGUUCCCGACUGUACGAGGCAUUCUCAGACGUGGUAUGACUGUGGAGGCUCUAAAGCAGUUCAUCAUUCUUCAAGGCUCCGCUAGAUCUGUGGUGGUAAUGGGAUGGGACAAAAUAUGGACCAUCAACAAAAAAAUUAUUGAUCCAAUCGCUCCAAGGUUCACUGGUCUGGGUAAAGAAACUUUAGUUCCUGUAAAGGUUCUUGGUGUCGAGAGUUCUGUUAAAAAGUGUGCCAAACACCCUAAAAACACCGAUGUUGGUGAGAAGGAUGUAUACUACGGUAGUAAAGUGUACCUGGAAGGUGAAGAUGCAGAGAAUCUGAAGCCGGGAGAGAAGAUCACAAUGAUCAAUUGGGGCAAUAUGUUGGUGGAUCACAUUUCCAGAUCGGAUAACAAGGUAACAGAUGUCACUCUGAAGCCCGUUCUGGAUGAUACUGAUUUCAAGAAGACUGCUAAACUCACAUGGCUCGCUGAUGUUCCACAGAACAUUCCCGCUGUUGCUGUACACUAUGAUAACAUCAUAUCUAAAGCAGUGCUUGGAAAAGAGGAAGAUUUCAAAUCAUUUAUUGGCCAUCAAACUGUAUUUGAGACGGAGCUCAUAGGAGAUUCCUGUCUUGGCAGCCUUAAGAAAGGUGAUAUCAUCCAGCUGCAACGCAGAGGCUACUACAUCUGCGACAGUCCUUACCAAGCCGCCAGUGAGUUUACAGGACUACCCAUGCCUUGCAUGCUCGUCAAUAUACCAGAUGGACGACUUCAGGUUCCCCCUACUCCUGCCGCUACAGCCAAGCCCAGUACUGCUCUUUCGACAUCAGUUCCCGCUGCUAUACCCGCGCCUGCUAGUUCUGGUAACGCAGACAAGAUCCUUGAGCAGAUUGCUGAGCAAGGAAACGUUGUUCGUGAUCUGAAGGCAGCAAAGGCUGGAAAAGACCAAAUCAAACCCGCCGUUGAUCAGCUGUUGGCAUUCAAGAAGCAGUACAAAGAUUUAACUGGAGUUGAUGCACCUGCAGGAGGAAAACCUGCAGCCAAACCCGCACCUGCUAGUUCUGUUAACGCAGACAAGAUCCUUGAGCAGAUCGCUGAACAAGGAAACGUUGUUCGUGAUCUGAAAGCAGCAAAGGCUGGAAAAGACCAGAUCAAACCCGCCGUUGAUCAGCUGUUGGCAUUCAAGAAGCAGUACAAAGAUUUAACUGGAGUUGAUGCACCUGCAGGAGGAAAACCUGCAGCCAAACCUGCACCCGCACCUGCUAGUUCUGGUAACGCAGACAAGAUCCUUGAGCAGAUCGCUGAACAAGGAAACGUUGUUCGUGAUCUGAAGGCAGCAAAGGCUGGGAAAGACCAAAUCAAACCCGCCGUUGAUCAGCUGUUGGCAUUCAAGAAGCAAUACAAAGAUUUAACAGGAGUUGAUGCACCUGCAGGAGGAAAACCUGCAGCCAAACCCGCACCUGCUAGUUCUGGUAACGCAGACAAGAUCCUUGAGCAGAUUGCUGAGCAAGGAAACGUUGUUCGUGAUCUGAAAGCAGCAAAGGCCGGAAAAGACCAGAUCAAACCCGCCGUUGAUCAGUUGUUGGCAUUCAAGAAGCAAUACAAAGAUUUAACAGGAGUUGAUGCACCUGCAGGAGGAAAACCUGCAGCCAAACCCGCACCUGCUAGUUCUGGUAACGCAGACAAGAUCCUUGAGCAGAUUGCUGAGCAAGGAAACGUUGUUCGUGAUCUGAAAGCAGCAAAGGCCGGAAAAGACCAGAUCAAACCCGCCGUUGAUCAGCUGUUGGCAUUCAAGAAGCAAUACAAAGAUUUAACAGGAGUUGAUGCACCUGCAGGAGGAAAACCUGCAGCCAAACCCACACCUGCUAGUUCUGGUAACGCAGACAAGAUCCUUGAGCAGAUUGCUGAGCAAGGAAACGUUGUUCGUGAUCUGAAAGCAGCAAAGGCCGGAAAAGACCAGAUCAAACCCGCCGUUGAUCAGCUGUUGGCAUUCAAGAAACAAUACAAGGAUUUGACUGGACUUGAUGCACCUGCAGGAGGAAAACCUGCAGCCAAACCCGCACCUGUAGCCGCUACACCUCCACCAGCAGCUGCUACAGGGACCUCCAACUCCGACGGUGACAAGAUUCUGGAAGCUAUUUUCGAGCAAGGAAAUGUUGUAAGGCAGCUGAAGAGUAACAAGGCUCCUAAGCCUGAAGUCACUGCUGCAGUCCAGUUGCUACUGAAACACAAGGCUGAAUAUAAGGCUUUGACAGGUAAGGACGCACCAGCGGGAGGAAAGGCCCCAUCAAGCGAACCAGUAAAGACCAUGUCAGCUGAUAGUGGAUCAACUCAACAGCUGGAAGCUCAGAUCAAGGAGCAAGGAGACAAGGUGCGAGCUGCAAAAGGAAGCGGUGCCUCAAAAGAUGAGGUACAAGGUUUGGUAAAAGAGCUGCUCAAGUUAAAGACUGACUACAAGACACUGACUGGAAAUGACCCCCCUGGCGCGGCUCCUCAACAGUCUUCUAAACAAAAGAAGAAGGAGAAGAAAGCUCCUGCUCCAAAACCAAAAAUAGAAGCUGGUGUAACCCGACUGGGAAUUGAGGCCAAGAAGUUUGAAGAUCUUCCCAACUGGUACUCUCAGGUAAUCACCAAGUCUGAGAUGAUAGAGUAUUACGACGUCUCCGGAUGCUACAUCCUCCGACCAUGGUCAUUCUUCAUCUGGGAAAUUAUCCAGAAAUGGUUUGAUACCCACAUCAAAGCUAUGGGUGUUACAAACUGUUACUUCCCAAUGUUCGUGUCCCACGCUGCCCUUGAAAAAGAAAAGACUCACAUUGCUGACUUUGCCCCAGAGGUUGCUUGGGUUACGAAGUCGGGUGACAGCGAGCUGGCUGAACCAAUUGCUAUUCGACCAACCAGUGAAACUGUGAUGUACCCGUCCUACGCUACCUGGGUGCAAUCCCACCGUGACCUGCCCAUCAAGCUCAACCAGUGGUGUAACGUGGUCAGGUGGGAGUUUAAACACCCCCAACCCUUCCUUAGGACCAGGGAGUUCCUCUGGCAGGAGGGUCACAGCGCUUUUGCUACUCAGAAGGAGGCGCAUGAGGAGGUGUUUGAAAUACUGGAUCUGUACCACGGCGUGUACAAGGAACUGUUAGCUAUACCAACUGUUAAGGGCAAGAAGACUGAGAAAGAGAAGUUUGCAGGAGGAGACUUCACCACUACUGUUGAAGGGUAUGUGAGCGCGACAGGACGAGGUAUUCAGGGAGCAACAUCUCAUCAUCUCGGUCAGAACUUCAGCAAAAUGUUCAACAUUCAGUUCGAGGAUCCUGACUCCACCACCGGCGACAAACUGUUUGCUCACCAGAACAGUUGGGGUUUAUCCACCAGAAGUAUCGGUGUUGUGGUUAUGGUACACGGCGACAACAAGGGGCUCGUCCUUCCUCCCAGAGUGGCCAUGUACCAGGCAGUAAUCGUACCAUGUGGUGUAACUGACGCCAACAAAGACCAACUUAACACUCACUGCACGGAGAUGAAGAAGACUUUACAAAAAGCAGGGGUCAGGACUCAUGCUGAUCUGAGGGAGAAUUAUAAUACUGGAUGGAAGUUUAACCACUGGGAGCUGAAGGGUGUACCUGUGAGGAUUGAAAUCGGACCUCGAGAUCUCAAGAACAAUCAGGUGGUGGUAGUGAGGAGAGAUACCGGUGUUAAAGCAACCCUCCAGAAUGAGAACCUGGACGACCAACUCAGCAAGCUCCUUGACACAAUACACGACGACAUGUACAACAGGGCUCUAGUGGAGAGGGACGCUAACAUGGCUGUCACUACAAACUGGGAGGAGUUCUGCAAGCUGCUCGACCAGAAGAAGAUCAUCCAGGCUCCGUAUUGUGGAGACAUCUCCUGCGAAGAAAUAAUCAAGAAGGAAAGUGCUCGGACAGAGGUGACGGAGGAUGAUAAGGCGCCCGCUAUGGGUGCUAAGAGUCUCUGCAUUCCCUUCGAUCAGCCCGCUGAUGCUACCUGUGAGACAUGUAUACAACAAAAUUGUUGCAAACCCGCCACGGCUUACACUUUGUUCGGAAGAAGUUACUAGAAUAUUUGGAUAGGACUCUCAUAGCUGGCUGUUAGGGGUCUUUGACUAUUGGUCAUUCAUGGUUUAAGGUUUUAUUGGGCGUUUCUUUUGAAAA